AUGGAUCAAUGGGUAGAGACAUCUUCAGGAAAUCGACUACAUAAAACCUGUAAGAUUAAAGGAUUGAAUCAGAUAGCACUGGCGGGUCAGUGCACAAUAUGUGAGCAAUCUCAAUUGAAUGCUCAGAUCAAUCCAAUCAAGGUAGGAAAAAGCUGUUUUCUAGAGCCGUUUGUGACAAUUGACUCUUCAAAAGCCGAAGUGAGGUUAGGGUCAUACACACGAAUUGGCUCCCGAAGUACCAUCGGGAGCGGUGCAAUAAUUGGUAGCAGAGUGGAUAUAGGGUACGAUUGUAUUUUGGAACCUGGAUGUGUUAUAAGAGAUUGUUGUGUAAUCGAAGACCACGUUAGAAUUCCAGCAAAUUACCUACUACCGCCAUUUACAAGAGUGACCAUCGAAAAUGACACCCUGAAAGAAUACGAAUUGCCUCCAAGUUACAGACAAAUCAAUGAGGACAAACUUCGUUAUUUGCAAGUGGUUGGUGCCAGGGUAGGAAAUAAUAGAAAUUAA